AUGAGCGCCACGACUCCCAUCGAGGAUAAACCACAUGGCGUCGAGAUCGAGAACCUCUCGGUGCAAAAGACUCCAACGCAGGAGGAGGAAGAAUUCACGCCCGAGGAACAGAAAAGAAUAAUUCGACGAGUGGACCUUCGUCUUGUCACGAUGACCGGGCUGGCCUAUUGUGUUUCUCUGAUGGAUCGGACGAAUUUGAGUAUGGCUGCCGUUGCAGGGUUGACAAAGGAAUUGGAAUUGGGAUAUGACAAUCGAUAUUCCAUUGCCGUGUUGAUGUUCUUCGUGCCAUACAUCAUUUUCCAGCCGCCGAUGACAAUUCUCAUUCGAAAGAUUGGCCCUACAAUCUUCCUAUCCACAAUAAUCAUGACUUGGGCUGUUGUUAUGAUCGGAACCGGUUUCGCCAAGAACUUCGGACAAUUGGUCGGAUUGCGAGUUUUGCUAGGCGUUUUGGAGGCAGGAUACUUUCCAGGAUGUGUCUACCUCCUGUCUUGCUGGUACACUCGAUAUGAUGUACAGAAGCGAUUCUCCAUUUUUUAUCUGAUUGGUUGUGUUGCAUCUGCACUUUCGGGAAUUUUGGCCUUUGGCCUGAUGCAGCUGAAUGGGCAACAUGGCUUGUCAGGUUGGCGAUGGAUCUUCAUUCUAGAAGGAGUCAUCAGCGGUGCGAUUGGCAUACUGUGCUUUAUUUUCCUCGUGGACUUCCCCGACCGUGCAUCCAAGUCCUGGAGGUUCUUGAACGAGGCCGAAUGUGCCUUCAUUGUCCGUCGCAUUGAUAAUGAUCGUAAAGAUGGCCACCUGGAGGCAUUUUCCAUCAAGAAGUUCCUCAGGCCGGCGUUGGAUCCAAAGAUCUGGGCGUUUGCAAUGAUUUUUUUCUCCCUUACAACCGUCACCUAUGCCAUCGCCUACUUCCUCCCCAUAAUUCUCCGAUCCGGCAUGAGCUUCGAUAUCGGUCAGUCGCAAUGUCUCGUCGCACCCCCGUACGUCUUCGCUGGUAUCGUCAUGUACACCGGUGCAUGGAUCGGCGACAAGUACCACAUGCGCGGAGUGAUUCUGAUCGCCAACGCCCUCUUGUGCAUCAUUGGACUGCCGAUGAUGGGCUUCGCCAAAGGUAACGCCACGCGCUAUGCUGGAGUCUUUCUGACGGUCGCUGGGGCGAAUGCAAACAUUCCAUCGUGCAUGGCGUACCAGGCGAACAAUGUACGAGGACAAUGGACGCGAGCCUUCUCCAGUGCCACACUAGUCGGCUUUGGUGGGCUGGGUGGAAUUGCCAGCAGUUUGGUUUUCCGCGAUAAAGAUGCGCCCGAGUAUCGACCUGGAAUGUAUGCGGCUCUCGCGUGUAACAUCUUGAUUAUUCUGAUUGUCUGUACGUUGAGCGUGUGGUUCCGGUUCUGCAAUCGCCAAGCAGAUCGGGGCAAGCGAGUCAUUGAAGGCGAACCCUCAUUCCGGUAUACUAUUUGA